CGCUUUCAUUCACUCGCGAGCACCGCGCAACCACAGACGGAUCUACAGACGGAUCGGAUCGGGUUGGACGAACACCAGCCACAGACACAGAAACCAACAGCAGCAUUAUGAACAAGUACGCGAUGCUGGCCAUCUGCCUGCUGGCCGCUCUGGGUGCCCUGCUCCUGGAGGUCAAGGCCACACCGGCGACCACCGCCGCCAAAUUGGAUCCCAGCCAGCUGGGUGGUCUCUCGGCUCAGUUUUUACCGCCGGAGUACCGCAACACAAACGUCAGUGUUGAUGACAUCAAGCGAAUGUACCGCGAGAAGUGCAAGAAGGUGAAUGGAGCGGACAACGCAACCUUCUACGACGAGAUCGAGAAGGCGGCGGCCAAGAUGAGCGCCUGCAUCAGCGGGGUGGCCAAUCUGACCGCUCUGCAGGAGGAGAUGGACCUGGCGAGGCCGCAGGGCGAGCUGGACUCCGUGUUCCAUAAGUACUGCCUGAAGGCCCCGGAGGCGGAGGCCUGCGUCAAGGAGUUCAACGAGAAGGCCCAGCAUUGUUUGACCGCCGAAGAGAAGCGUCACCAGGAGACGAUCACCAGAAUCGGCGGUGCCCUCCUGGGAUUCGCUUGUGACCGCGGUGGCGAUCAGAUUGCCCUCUUCGUUGCCGAACAGGGACCUGAAUGCCUGGACGCCAACAAGGAGGCCAUUAACAAUUGCCUGAAUCAAUCAUUCCAUCAGUAUAUUCCCAAGGACGGACAAGUUCCCAGUCUUAUGAGCAGCCCGGAGCUACUAUUCUCGCCCACCCACUGUGUGGACUUGCAGCGCUUCGAGGUGUGUGUCCUCCAUCAUUUGGAGCGCUGUUCCGAGAUCACUCCAGCCAAUAUCGUCCAGUCUAUCUUCCGGUUCGUGAAGAACGAAACCGACUGCCAGGCUUGGAUGCAGGCCCAUGCCAACGAGAAACCGAUCCUGAUGGACGCAACCCUAAAAUCAAACAAUACUGCCACCGGACUCGCAUAUUCCAUUGCUGGCCCUCUUUUGGGCGCCACUAUGCUCCUGAUGCGCCCCUGAACGCCAAAAAACUCUUUAGGUUUCUUUUUUUUUCGAUGAUAGCGAUAACGAUGUUUUUUUUUUUGUUUGUUUGUGUGUGUAGUAGAGUGAGUAUUGAGUAUCGGUACCAUAAAAUUUAAUGUGUCCUAAGGAAUUGCUUAUAAUAAAUGAGAAAUACUACGACGAA